AUGGAGGACAAACCAGACUUUGAUCCCAGCGCUUUUGCAGCCGAUAUGCAGCUGCGCACUCGAAAAACUCGAAACUUUGACAAGGUCGAGCACGAUCUGCCCGAUCCCAAAUCCGCCGCUUUUCAAAAGACACAAGCUGCUGCUCUCUCAGCACCUGUCAAUGUUUCAGCCUGGCUCUCGCGCUUUGCACAAUGGAAUCCCUUCGGAAAAGCCGUCGAUGCUGGAGACAUAGUGUGGCUGAUGGAUAACACGGCGUAUCGAAACCCUGAGACCGACCAGUGGGAAGCUGAGUUUGUCGCUGCAGUGUUCGAGAACGAGCCCAAGUGCCGCGUGGCGGAUAUAGUAUCUGGAAUUGCUUCAACGUUGGGAUUGGCGGACGACGCGGCCGAGCGCGAUGUUAUCGAAAAGAGAAUCAUUCCGUUCCUCUGGGAUAUUCAAGCAGCGAGAGUUUUCUGGAUCGAGCAUAAGAAGAAGGAGAUCAAGUUGGGACCGACGAGCAUUAAUGGUAUUACCACGAGCGUUGAGCCUCUUCAUCACGCUCAUAAGGGGUCGGUAGUUGAUGCUACGGCGUCAGUACCUCAAGGCACUCAAGGCCUUCACGACAUGCAGACUUACUACGCUGGACCUGAGGGCUGGGCCAUCAUAUCUGAUGUCGACGACACCAUCAAAGUCACCUUGACCAGCGAUCCACUAGGCAUCCUCAAGACCACCUUUGUCGACGAGCCAACACCAGUGCCUGGCAUGCCAGAGCUUUACUCGGAACUUCAGACUCUUCUUCCUCGUGAUACUCCGUGGUUCUACCUCUCGGCAUCCCCGUACAACCUGUACCCUCUUCUUCGAGAAUUCCGAGACCGCUACUUCCCGCAAGGGACAUUGAUCCUCCGAGAUUCGAGCUGGCGCACGGUAGCAGGCUUAUUGUCGGCGCUGACAAUGGGAACUGAGGAGUACAAGGCAGAUCGCAUGAAGAAGAUUCACUCGUGGUUGCCGAAGAGAAAACUCAUUCUCAUUGGCGACUCGACACAAUCCGAUCCCGAGGCAUAUGGCGAGAUUUAUCGAACAUUCCCUGGCUGGGUCAAGAUGAUACUCAUCCGCAAGGCCACAGACGUCGCUGCGAUUGGCAUUGAAGAGAAGAACCAGCUAGAGAGGUUUGAAAAGGCAUUCAAAAAUGUACCGGUUGAGGCGUGGCAUGUUUUCGAGGAACCGAGUGAGUGUAGGAACAUUGUUCGGGAUGUUGUUCGCAAGAGGGCGUAA